ACGCCACCACCUGAUGCAUGUGCCGCAUAACCAGGAAGUAGGAUUGACUGCUACGACUGUAAACAACGUGAGCGUCAUAAUUUAAUCAAAUGCACAAUAUCUCAGAAUGUCUGUUGAAAGCCAAGAGGAGAGAACAGUGGAGGUGAGUGGGUUCCCCGAAGUAGUGGAUGAAGACCUGCUUUCAAUGUACUUCACCAACAAGAGACGCUCUGGUGGAGGAACUCUUAUCUCACUGGAAGUGGUGGGAAGAAGGGCUGUGCUGGUGUUUGAGGAAGUUGAAGCCGCAACAAGGGUUUUAUCCAAACGACCCCAUGUUCUGCGUAACAUUGAAAUGACGGUGAGAAAACCAGCCUCAAAGGAUGCUGGGAGGAUGCUUCUGCGUGGGGUUAACCCCACAACUUCUAUGGACUUGGUGGAGCUUUACGUUGAGAAUAUGAUAGGGUUGGACAUGGAAGACUACAAAUUGGAACGUUUUCCCGGGAAAGACUUGGUCCUUAUCCACUUACAUCAACCUUUUUCUAAAGAUUUUCAACGUAUUAGUGCAAAGAUUUCUCAAAAACCUUUGGACCAGUGCAGUAUCACUCUGGAACAGAUUGAGCAAACUGACUCCAUCCUUGUGGAGAACUUACACAGUGGCACCACUGAGGACAUGCUCACGCUUUACUUUGAGAGCAAGCGAGGCGGGGGCCGAGAGGUGAAGGAGGCCACUAUAAUGCCAAACGGCGUGGCCAGAGUCUCUUUUGAAAGUUUUGAAUCUGUGGAGCAUGUCCUGAAACUACCCCACAAACUGGAGGACACCAAGUUGACUGUGAAGCCUUACCUUGCCUUCCUCCAACCAGAGGAAAACCUAUCAACUGAGAGCACUGUAAACAUGACAGCAGAAAGUAGCCCCUCUGUUAUGGAGGACACACAGAUAGAGAGGAUCAGUCAGUCACAGCACAGUUCUCUCGAAGUGCCGAGUUCCAUUGACCAGACUAUCUCCAACCAGACUGCAUUGGAGAUGGCCACUGCUCCUGAAGAGCCUGAAGAAGCAGGAGCAGAGAUAACCAUGGAAGAACUCCCAGCUGAAUCAGAACUCUUCUCCUUCAGCGGUCACAUCCCCAUCCCUGACCCAGUGAAGCUCACCCUCCUCCAGAUGAGUCCGGUGUUGGUAGACAUCCAGCAAGCCCACCCCGGGUUCAACAUGCAGGUUAAAGAUGAUGGUGUGCACAUGUCAGGGCCUGAUAAACUGGGUCUGGCACAGCUGAAGAACACCAUCCUGGAGUUUCUUGGCGGUAUUGCUCAGGCGCAUUUAACUUUUGACCCAAAGAAGGCCCGGUUUCUCCAGGACCAGAAAAUAAAGGAUCAGCUACUACAGACUCUUAACAAUCAGGGGACACCCUGUAUUUACAAUGUAACAGAUUGUGUUGUAGUGGUAUCGUCGCUGUCGCUGAACUUAGUAAGCCAGGCGUGUAACACAUUAAAAUCUCUAUUAUCUGAGUUCAGCAUAUCAGUAGAUGCAAAAUAUGAAAGUACGCUGUACUCCCAAGAGUGUUCAGUAUUUUUCCAAUCUUUGGACUUUUGCUCUGCCACCGUGUCAGAGAAAGGUAAUGGGAUUGAGGUUUUGACUCUGAAAGGGAUGGAGAACAAGAAAAAGGCCAAAGUCGUAGAGUUCCUAAGCACACCCAUCGAAAGAGAGACUGUCAUAUCCAUGGAGCAAGGCAUGCUUAAAUACAUUCAGAUCCAUUGUCAUCAGCUGCUGGCUGAUAUGGAUCAAGUUUCUAUAUUUCCUCUGGAGGCUGAGGACACAUGUGGUCUUAGAAUCCAUGGCAACGUGGGGUCUUGUCAGAUGGCCGACGAGGUGCUGAGAGAAGUGAUCUCUUCCGUGUGUACCAGGACCAUCACAGUUAACAAGCCUGGUGUGGCCCGGUUCUUGGUCCAGGAGGAAGGCACCAGCAUUUUGGGGGAGAUGCAGGCCAAGUUUCAGGUGUACAUCAGCCUGGAGAAGGUGCACUGGGAACCUCUGGAGAAUGAGGACAUCUAUGAGAUGGCGUGGAAGAUGACAUUACCUCAAAACUACCAGAGAGUUUCAUUGGAUGGUUCUACGCAGGACCCAACAUCAGCAUUGAGCCUCACUGACAAUUCCGACAAUCCUGACACAGGUCUUAUUGAGAAUGCAAAGAAACUCUUCUCUGCCAUGGAUGAGACCGUGGACAAAACCACUGACAUGGAGCAAGAGGACCUGUACUUGGCAGAAGAAGAAAUGCUUCCCAGCCCAUCAGACCAGGGCUCAGAUAGUGUCAUUGACGUAGAGUUGGAGGAGACUCCACGGCCCUUAGUUGUUGAAGAGGCGGCAGCUAGUGGGCCACUUGUGGCCAGUGAUGGACACGGUUCCACUGAUCUGUACAGCACCUUAGAUGAAGAAGCCCAGCUCUCCUUAGCCAUCCAAUUUUCCAUGGAGACAGCCAACAUGUCUUCCACCACUCCCAAAGCUGAAAGGUCCCACCUGAACAAGGCUGUCCACAUGUCCCUCCAGGACACCAUCAAGGCAGCUAACACGGGCCAGAUCUUCGUGUUUGCUGGUUAUUCCUGUGACCUCAUCAGAGUGGACAUCGCUCUAGGGAAGAAGGUGACCCUGAGGCAGGUUGAGGAGAAAAUGGAGCACAAGAGCCUGAAGAGUUUGUCAGAGUUCCACAUGAGAUGCUUGGAGCUCAUCAAGAGGAAGCACGCUGUGGAGAUCCAGAUUGAGGGCACGACUGCCACCAUCUCCGGGUUCAAGGACUACGUGAAUGAGGCUCUGCCCGACAUGAAGCUGCUGAUGAGGAGGAUCUCCAGCUCGGCGUCGGACGCCGACAUUCUGAAGACGGUGCAGUGGGUGUGGCUUGACCAGGGAACCAAGGCGACGAAGCCUUACGCUCCAGACGUAACUGUGUUUAUCGAGAAUGCCUGGAAGAUGAGGCAGAAGAAGAUUGACUUGGUGUUGAACAAUCAGCCUUACAUCAUCAACUUCGAGAAAAUGGAAGAGCACAACGUCACCACCGGUAAAUCUGUACCUAUCACAAGGAAAAUGCUGAAUUCUGGGGAUUUAUUCACAGAAUUACCAGAGGAGGAUUACAGUCUACUAUCUACCCUGCCAGAUACAUCCAGAGUCAAUGAAGAGUGUGAUGAAUUCCAGGAUGUUGUGAAAGAGUUUUAUGACAGCAUACAGGAAUUCCACAACAAAAUAAGAAUUAUCAAGGUGGAGAAGCUCAUGAAUAGACUGCUGUUUAAUCAGUACAAGCUGAAGAAAGCUAGCAUUUCACAAAGUGCAACUGAAAUGGAAGUCGAGCAGACGUUGUUCCAUGGCACGAGUGAGUCGAGUGUGAAGGAGAUAUGCAUUCAUGGAUUCAACAGAAGCUUUUGUGGAAAGAAUGCCACUGUGUAUGGUCAAGGAGUUUACUUUGCUGUGGAGUCUGCCCUGUCGGUCCAGGACCAGUACUCACCCCCCAAUGCAGAUGGACACAAGUUUGUGUUUGUAACCAAGGUGCUGACUGGGGACUUCACCAAGGGCAGUCAUGAUAUGAAAACCGCCCCUCUGAAGGAGCACUCAACUAUACCCCUCAGAUAUGACAGUGUAACCGACAAUCCCAGGAAACCCUCACUGUUUGUCAUCUUUAAUGACACACAGGCCUUCCCACAAUAUCUCAUUACAUGUCAAAAAAUUCACCGCUGAGGUUGUGAACUAGUCGAUGGAUGAUGAGCAAAGAAGGGCUAAAUUCAUUUUUAUGUUUUCUUCUGCUUUAAUUUCAUAUGUUAUAAAGAAUGUAAAGGAACUGUUAGAGAUGGGCUAAGACUGGCUUCCCACGUUCCACAUGAUGAUUCCUUCUUAGUUACCACCAUGGCUAAUAUAAUGGCCAUUUGAAAAGCUUGAUCACGCAGCCCCAUGCAGCACAAAGGUAUAUUAUGUAGAAGUACAUUUUAAGUUGAAACUUCAAGUUCAUUUAUUUUCAAAUUUCAACUGAAUCAGUGUCCCUGUUAAGUUGUGACACUAGAUAAAUAGUUAGAUAAAUGCCAAAUAAAUGCAUUGCCGUCAGUAGUAUAAUAAUAUCGGGUCUAUGCAUAUGAAAGCAGUCUUUCUUUACUACAAUAUGUGCCUCAUGGGAUCAUUUUGUCAAAUAUGUUUUGUUAAAAUUAACUGAAGAACUAA